CUUCGAUGAAAGAACAAGUUCACAAAUAAAAAACAUCUUUAUGAAACCUUGCGUCGGGUUUUCGAAGAUACGAAAAUGAGUUUGAACUCCUGGAAAGAGAUUGGGGAAAUAUAUGGAAAAGUCUGCUCUACUCAAAAUUACAACCAUCUAAUUGCAGCAGUACCACAAACAUGGAAGAGUAUGGCGCUUCAUAAACUAUUCCGGCUGUCCUCGCUGUUGCGCUCCGCGGUGUCAUUGACACUGCGCAGGAAUUUCGGCCUGUCUGCUGUCCUCUUCAACCGGGCCAAGGACCUGGACCCUAUCCAGAAACUAUUCCUGGACAAGAUCCGCGACUACAGCACCAAGAGCAAGGCUGCAGCAGGUGGGAUUGUUGAUGCAGGCCCCUCUUACGAAAAGGGAGUCUCAGAGGAGAUCACCAAACUGCAGAGGUUAUACGGGACCGGUGACCUCACCAAAUUCCCUGACUUCAAAUUUACAGAGCCCCAGCUGCAGGAAGUGGCCAAGUGAACACUGGCCAUGACGGCGUUGUCUCUGUCCUACAUGUCACCACUAUUAAUGUACUAUUUAAUAAAUGAGGUUGGAUUAAA